AUGACAGAGACCAGAAAGCUGCCCCCGCCGCUGCCUCCGCGAAUGGGCUGGUUCGUGCAUACACAGGUGGGCCAGCUGGCCCGAGAAGGAGUCCCGUCGUGGUUCCAUGGUGCCAUCUCCAGACAGGACGCGGAGAGCUUGCUGGAGUCAGAGCCACUGGGAUCCUUCCUCAUCAGGGUCAGUCACAGUCACGUGGGCUACACGCUCUCCUACAAAGCUCCAGGCUGCUACCGCCACUUUAUGGUGAAGCUCUUGGACAACGGGAGCUUUCUAAUCCCUGGGGAGGACAAGACCCAUGCCUCGCUGGACGCCCUGGUCACCUUCCACCAGCAGCAGCCGAUCCGGCCACAUGGGGAGCUGCUGAAGCAGCCCUGUGGGCAGAAGGAUCCAACAAGCAUGGAUUACGAGGAUCUCUUCCUUUACUACAAUGCUUUGGCUGAGGAAGAUGCCAGCCCUUCCCCUGGCCCCAGUGACCAUCAGAAUCCUUCCUCCCAUCCAGUGGCUGCACCCAUGGAGGUCUCCGGAAAGCCAGUCCUGCUCCAUCAGCGAGAGGAAAGGCAGCUGUCGGCAGAGAUGGACAGAGCGCCGACAGAGGAAGCUGCUUCCUUCUGCCCCCCAAGAUCCCCUCUCGAGAAGGCCUGCCAGAAACUCUGGGGGAACCUUAAGACCCUCCCUCAGACAGGCAAGAGGGUCCAGCAGCAGCUGAAAUCCCACCUGGCAGCGGUGAGCUUGUCAUCGUUCCUGGACUCCAAGCGACGGGAGGCGGAGAUGACUCACAGCGCAGGGGCGGAGGCGGAUGCUGCGGUCUGGGACAGUAACGCCUACAGAGACCCUUCUGUGGCCCCGUCACUCACCAGCCCCUCACAGCCCCAGGCUCCAAGAGACAAAGAUAAGUCCUCCAGGAGGGCCUCAAGGUCAACCAGCUGGAGCGAUAUGACCCCAAGCACCAGGGGUUGGCAACAAAAAAUAGUGAGGGCCCUGUCCUCACAGCCGUCCAAAUCGGAGCUGAGGGACUUGGCCGGACCCCAGGAGGACCAUCUCCCCGAGGAGUACCGCCCACCGCCACCCUUCGCCCCCGGCUACUGCUAG